UAAAAUGGUGAUCCAUCCAACCUCAUUAUUUUGACCAUGAAUGAGACGAGUUCGCAUGUGCAUUAAUGAUGAUACAUUCCGCCGACGGUCAAGACAAAAAUCACGUCUGAAUCCUGAGCUGCCUCAUCCUCAAGUCGUUGUCUUUUAUUGACAUUCCAUGCAACAAUGAACUCUCCUUCAUCAUCGUUACCCUCAAUUUGCACACGACAAUCUAUAAAUAAUAGUUCAAAAGCAGCACACCAACAUCGUGCCCUGUUAUAGCCUCCACCCACGGAGCUUGAUUCUCAUAUAAACCUCAAUUUUAAUCAUAAUUCCUACAGAAAAUCAAAUCAAACCAACCAAACUAGUGAUCUAAUUCAUGGAAGCUUAUUCCAGCUCUUACCCUGCGUCCAAGUCUAGUUCUAUGCUUCAUUCUGUGAGGAAGGCACCAGCAAAACCGUGGAAGAAGGCGCCGGUGGCACCACCGGCACCGACACCGAUCAGAGUGUACAAGGUGGAUGCUAUCAACUUCCGCGACCUUGUUCAGCGGCUUACGGGUGCACCCGAAUUCAACCCUGAACUUCAUAAUCAACUUUUCCAAAGGGUUUCACCUAUUGCUACCGCGCCCCCACAGGCAAUGUUGUCAAGCAGAGACAACAUCGUUGCACCAUCCUCUGCUGUGUCCUCCGCUAACUGGUACCAGGAGCAGAAACCUCAAACAUUGGAAUUUAAUUUAUCAUCUUCCUCUUCUCAUAACUGGUGCUCUGUCCCUCGUACCACCCAAGGAACUAUGACCACCUUGGAACCGGGUCGGGUUCUUUAGUUUUUCUAUCACUGUUUUUUUUUUUCUUAAUGCUAUGAUGAAAUAACAUAAUUUAAACUAUCUCCUUUAGCUA